GAGAGAGAGAGAGAGGUUGCAAAAGAGAGCCCUGUUAAAUGUGUUCAAAGAAGGAGACCCUUCCAGGAGUUUUCCAUGGUGCUCACACUGUCCAUGUGAUAAGCAAAGACAGCAUCCUUGGUGUCUGGCUUUGGGAACUUGAGCGCGAGAGGACACCGUCCCCGCCUGCGUGCUUCGCCCUGCCGCCAGCCCACUGGCAUCUCGCUGCGGCUGAGGCAGACCCGCGCCAGGUGCUGAACGUUGUGUGUGUUUCACCGAGCUGUCCAGAUUCCUCCCGGCCAACUGCGGUUCCAGAGCUGUAGAACUAUUUGCACAUUCAAUCCAUCAGAUGGCUUUGAGUCAAGCCAGUGCCUACAAGGCUUUAUUUUUGCCAAAAGGAGGUGAGAAGCCUGGCAGUGAGCCGGAGGAGGUGAAGCUGCAGACGGCCAGCAGGCAGAUCGUGCAGACGGCCAUCCUGCAGGCUGUGCAGCAGGUCUCCCGGGAGAACCGGCGGGCGGACGCCAGAGCCAGCGACAGCCGGGGUCACCGCCAGCUGGGUGUGCGGGAGCUCACCAAGAAGUACGACAAGAAGUAGCAGUGGAUGUAGCUCUUGUCACACGCCAUUUCUAGCCUGCCUGUUAGUGUAGGACACGCUGCCAAAUGUUGCCAGUAAGGAAACCAAAGUGUCCUGGACGCCCAGCUGUAGGAUGAACUCACACCCACCCCUGACCGAGAGGCACUGUUUUGCAGAAGUGCAUUAGACAUUCUGUUCACCCUGGCGCGCAGCCUCGAACGCGGCCUGGGUCAGAUGUGACAUGUGCGUCAUGAAAGUAGGUUUGCAGCACAAAUUUUGAGGUUUUCUUUUCUUUUAAGAGACAACUCUAAAGACUUGUUCAUUUAGCUCUGCUUUUUAGGCACUCUCUGUGAAUUCAGCCAGGAGGUUCAUCCCCUUCUUUUCUUGUUUUCAAAAAUACUGAGUACAGUUCUGUGUUCUUUAUAAAUAUUUUAAAAAGAUACAGGGGAAGGGUGAAGAAGUGGAGUUUUAGCCCCUUUCAAGUAAAGAACUGAAGGCUUUUAUGUUAUGCAUUCAGGCCCAAGAUCAAAUUAAACAGAGACAAAAGCAAAGACAAAUUCUAAGACCCAGUCCCUCCAGGGUCUCAAGCGUGUAUUUAUUUUACUUAUGCAAGAGAGCAGUAUAGGCUUUUCAAGAACUCAGGCUUUUCAUCUCUCUUCUCUGAGUGGUUUCAUAGCUGGAGUUUACCUCCUGUGCAGAGAUCCUUCGGGAAUAGUAUGGGCUUCUUCUUUUUCCAUCUCAAAGUUAAAUACAAUAAAGCAAGUGAGUGUCUGUGCAUGAGUUACUAUUCAUUCAACUCUUCAGCAACCCACAGUGAACAACUAAAGUUCUAUGUCUCUAAACUGCUCCCCUCCUGGACAGGCUCACCCUUGGGUCUGACUUUGCUGUGCAGCACACUUGGAAGGAGCUCUGGGGCCUUACUUGUCCACUGUGCCACCAGCAGGAGAUGGAUGUGUAUUCGUACUUUACCAAUGGGAGCUUGCCUCUGCCUGUGCACAAAUUAGAAUUUUUAUUUUGCCAUUAUAUAAAAAUCAUACAGGUCAGGAAUAAUGUUUAACAUGGGAAAACCAGCUUUUCAACUCCCUGAAGUGUAAAAACAGAGUGGAAAGAGGAAAGUGACAUUGUGGUGAAGGCAGUUGCAGAGAUAAGUGUGGAUAUGUGCAAACAGAUGUGUGCAUGCAUGUGAAAGUAGGAUGACUUCCUGCUUCUCCCCAGUGCACAUCUUCCUGGAGACUGAUAGAAUCUCAGUUCCUGUGCUUCACAAAAAUUAUUGAGUUGGUGACGUUGGGGGAGAAUUUAACCUUUGUUACAAACCCGCAGGCUUCAGAGUAUAAAUAUCUGCAGUUAAUAGUUCAUUUAUUUUUUAAAGCAAAAUAUUGCCAUAUACAAUACGAGUAAUAUUAAGAUACGAGUGGAAAAUUCCAAUGUGUUCUGCUUUCCAGAAUGGAUACUAUGGCUAACCUCAGAUGAACAAGAAGGAUUUCGCACUGUUAGACUGUGCUCCACAGUGCCUAUGUGGAAUAAAUUAAUUGAGGGAGAAGAUGGGUGGGAGAGGAAGCAAAAGGGGCUAAAAUUGAAAUAUUGUUUAUCCAGAAAUAUUUUUAGCACACUUUGUGACAGUUGGAGAAUGAAUUUAAGUUGACCUAAAGUCGCAUAGCAGAGGGGCAUGAUGUAGUGAGUGACAAUGACGGUGUGUAGGGAAGUUGUUCAGGUGUGCUCACAAAUGAGAAGGGGAAUAAAAAUAAUUAAGAUGUGCUAAGUUCCUGUACAUCCUUAAGUUGAACGUAAACAUUAUGUGCUGGAAACACAUCCUAAUGAAAAAUAAACAAAUGUGAAAAACAAAUGAACUGAACACUUGUAGCUUGCCAGUGAUCUGAAUACAACCAGCGUUGGUUUUUGCUGUCAGGAGGCAGAAACAGAUAAACAUGCUCUCCUUCCUCUCUCGUGUGAAUGUAUUAGUAAACUGCGGGCCCUUGGAAACAUCUUGAUGAAAUGUUAUUUAUAAAUAAAAUAUA